AUUUAAAAUUCAAAUUUCACCUUAAUAAAAUUUUAAUUUAAAUUUGCAAUUGAGCUUAUUGUAUUAUUUUUCUAAAUUUCAAAUUAAUAGAUAAAUAAAACUUAUACCAAAUGAUAGAACUUAUUAUUUAAAAAAAAAAAAGUGGAAUCCCUCUUUCCUUUAAGAACUGAGAGAAAGUUUAUCAAAAGUUGUUCAAUCCUUUGCAAAAUAAAAGAUAAAUAUUUAAAUAAAUAUAAAUUUAGAGCAGAUCCCCGUUAACGAGGAAAAAGGAAUCGAAUUUUUGUUUAUGUUGGUGACUGGAAAUUUUGUUCAACUUGACUUGAGGAUUUCCCAGUUGCUCUGGAUAUGAAUAAUCAAUCAUUGAUUGAGAACAUGAAAAGGGAGUUGCUUCAUCUCGACAUCAAUUCGCAAAUUGGAAGUUGCAUGCCACUCGGUGCCAUGCGAAUUGGAACAAUCAUCCACAACAUUGAGGUCAACCCUGGCCAAGGUGGGAAGCUAGUUCGAGCUGCAGGAACUUCAGCUAAAAUCCUGAAGGAGCCUAACUCUAAGUACUGUAUUAUCAGACUACCCUCCGGUGCUGAGAAGAAGAUUGAUUCCAAGUGCAGGGCCACGGUUGGUGUGGUAUCAAAUCCAAGCCAUGGGACUCGGAAACUCAGGAAAGCUGGACACAGUAGGUGGUUAGGUCGAAGGCCAGUUGUUCGGGGAGUGGCAAUGAAUCCAAUUGAUCAUCCCCAUGGUGGAGGUGAGGGUCGAAGCAAAAGUAGUGGGAGCUUUGGUAGGGUUUCGCAAACUCCUUGGGGCAAGCCAACCAAGUGUGGAUACAAAACUGCAUCUCCCAAGCGUAGAAAGUAGUUGUUGAUCAUCUUUUUUGUUAUGAUCCUUUUUCUCUCAUGUAGCUCUCAUACGUACAAUUAUGAUAUUCAUAAAAGUUAUUGAGGGAUUUCAUUCUUGUAAUUUAUGCUUUAAUUUAACCUGUAAGUUAAGUUCGACAUCUUUCUCAAUUUCUAGACUUCUACUAGUUGACAAACUUUGCAUUGGCAGGGACACUAUGUUCCCUUUGCAUUGUAGUUGUGGUUGCUGGUAUUUUGCAGAAAAAAGAACAAGAAGAAAUGGAGAUGAAGGGC